AGCCAAGACAAGCAUUCUUCCCGCCACGCCGGCGGUGGUUUGAGUUAUUCCUCGCGUGUUAACCGCAACAAAGCAUGGUUGCAACAAGAUCUCAGCGGAAGUCUGGGAGGGUGAGUCCAACCGAUCCACCCAUCAAACGUCAAAGCCCUGAGAAACCCUUGAGUGCCACAAAAAUCCGUAAGGUGCGAGACAGUCCCAAGGUACGGCAGAGUCCCAUGGUACGAGACAGUCCCAAGGUACGAGACAGUCCCAAGGUACGAGACAGUCCCAAGGUACGGCAGAGUCCCAUGGUACGAGACAGUCCCAAGGUACGGCAGAGUCCCAUGGUACGAGACAGUCCCAAGGUACGAGACAGUCGCAAGGUACGAGACAGUCCCAAGGUACGAGACAGUCCCAAGAUACGAGACAGUCUCAAGGUACGAGACAGUCCCAAGCCGGAACAAAGCCAGAGCCCUGCUCAGGAAUCGAAGGGGGACAUGCUGGCUGAUACCGGCAAGCUUCCUGACGACAUUGUUAGUCAAAUCGCAACACUCCCAGAACCAUCCUUAGACAUACACUCCGGCCGACAGAAAAAACAACCCAUUAGCAAAGCUCCCGCCGCACAGAGUUCAACUGGGAAACAGCGAGGAAGUGUCCUCCGUGGUCGCAUCCAGUUACAAGCAGUAGAGCUGAGCAGACGGGCUCCUGUGCCAGACAAAGCGAAGGCAUUCAAGCACGAUGCCCUCUUUGGGUCACACACCCGGAGGACCACAGCUACUUCAUUGUUGGGCCAACAGCGGAAGAGAGCAGUCAAGAAAACUUAGCAACAGGCUUUUCUUACGAAAAUCAGGGCGUCCUGCCAUCAUUGAGUGUAUGAAAGCAGGGAAACAAUAAAUGGCUUCUGAAUUAAA